GAGAGAGAGAGAGAGAGAGAGAGAGAGAGAGAGGAUCCAAACGAUGAACAAUGCAAAAGACUCUAAAAUUCGAAUAGAAAAUCCUUAAAUUCCACGAGUUAUUAUUCAGUUUUUGCCUUUGCCCAUAUCCGUUGUAUUGCCGUUCGAGGAGACGAAGUUUUGCAGAAAUCAUCGGUUAUGAGAUGGGGAUAAGAACUUCUUCUCUGGUGAAUGGCGAAAAUGGCGACGAAAACAGCGUAGAGUCUGCAAAAGUCAGGACCAUUCGAUUCGGGAAAGACGAGUACGAGAUGCAAGUAAGCUUUGAUGAAUCGGUUCUUGAUUCCGACGCUCCCGAAAAGAUGGCUAAGGAAGGGAUCAUCUCCAUUCAGUUCCACGAAACCGAUACGGGCGAAAGUUGCGUGGCUAAACCGAGCGAUUGUGAUCGUAAAGAAACGGGUCGGGAGGACGAGGCUGCGGUGAAACUGCAGAAAGUGUACAAAAGUUUCCGAACGAGGAGGAAGUUAGCGGAUUGUGCAGUGCUUGUGGAGCAAGGAUGGUGGAAAGUUAUGGAUUUCAUGGAACUAGAGCAGAGUUCCUUGCUGUUCUUCGAGAAGGGCGAUCAAGAAUCCGCGAUUUCUCGCUGGUCAAGAGCCAAAACCAAAGCAGCAAAGGUCGGGAAGGGCUUAUCGAAGAACACCAGAGCACGGAAACUUGCUCUCCAACACUGGCUCGAGGCGAUUGAUCCACGGCAUCGGUAUGGACAUAAUCUGCACUUUUAUUACAUUAAGUGGCUUGAGACUCAAAGCAAACAACCUUUCUUUUACUGGCUCGAUAUUGGAGAGGGGAAGAGAGUGAAUCUGGAAAGGUGUCCUCGGUCGAAACUUCAGCAACAGUGUGUCCAGUACCUUGGCCCGCUCGAAAGACAGGCUUACGAGGUAGUUUUACAAGAUGGGCAGUUCCGGUAUAAGCAAACCGGAGAGAUAAUCCACACAACCGGAGAAGAGAUCAAUGCCAAGUGGAUAUUCGUUCUUGGAACAGCAAAGGUUUUGUAUGUCGGGAAGAAGAAGAAAGGCCGAUUUCAGCACUCAAGCUUCUUGGCCGGUGGAGCAACGAUCGCUGCCGGAAUACUCGUCGUGGAAAAUGGCAUUCUCAAGGAGGUUUGGCCUCACAGUGGCCAUUACCAACCAACGGAAGAAAAUUUUCAAGAUUUUCUUGCGUUCCUACGAGAGAACAACGUCGAUCUCACUAACGUUAAGACAAGUGCUGGGGAGGGAGACGAAGAAGAUAACAUUAACGGCCGUCACUCAAGAAUGGGUUCAUCAGACAUGGAUGUAUCAGAAACCCUACACUCGAUAACGACGAUGGAAGGAGUGGAUGAAGAUCUGGUCGAAGAAGAAAUACCCGAAAGCCAUGAAUCAGAACAACAAACGGAAGAUCGCAACAAGGGCAAUGAGCAAAACCCACCACCAUUAUUGUCUUCAGGAACAGUGGAAGAAGAAAAUGAAGAAGAUGGUGAGGGAGAACAUUACUUGGGAGCCAAGAAAGGAUUGCUUGUCGAAGAAGUAACCACUCCUCGAGAUUCGAUCCUUAAGAGAAUGACUUCGGAACGAGAGACGGGUUCAUUUCAGCUGGGGAAACAGUUAUCGUGUCGGUGGACGACGGGUGCGGGGCCGAGGAUCGGUUGUGUCAGAGAUUACCCAUCAGAGAUGCAAUUUAGGGCGUUGAACCAACUGAACUUGUCUCCUAGAAGAACCCUAACUUGUUCUGCAAGAAACCUCAACUGAAUCUGGUCUCAGUUACCUUGAUGAGCAUUGGAUGCUUGGAGGAGGGCUCCAAGGAAUGUGUAAAGGAAAAAUAACUACAAGAUAAAUACAAUAAAUGAAUAGUUCUACCAAAAUUCACAUGUAAUUGUAAUUAGAGUCUUUAAUAUA